AUGCGGGAGGCGAAGCUGGAGCCCGACGCCAGUGGCUUCAGGGCCAGGAUCGGUGCGCUCGGCAGAAGUGGGCAGUGGCAGCGUGCGCAGUCGUUGUCUGUCGAGAUGCGGGAGACGACGUUGGAGCCCGGCGUCAGUUGGUACAACCUUAGGGUCGAGGUCGCCAGGCGCCGCCGCCGCAGGGCCUGCCUUGCGGCGGCGCGCGCGGAGGAUGCUGGGGCUGGGGCGGCUGCCAGCGGCGCUCGCCUGGGCCGCCGGCGUGUGCCAGCGGCCGAGGCUGCCGUGGCCAGCGCGCGCGAGAGCGGUAGGCAGCUGGGCAGCGGAGCAGCGAAGUGA